GCCUGUGGGUGGAGUAUAUUACAGUGAGUCAGUGUUAUAAAUAGUGUAAGCACACAUUCACAUACCUGGACUCAAAUAAAUAACACCUGCACACCUGGCUUGGAUCUGCACAGCCAUUAACAGGUGACUGGAUCAAAUCUCUGCUUGAAUGAGAGAAGGAAUAGGACUCAUGCACUAUGAGCAUGAGAAGCAUGUGACCUUCUUACUAUCAAAGCUAUAAUGAUCCCAUGUGGGGAGACAAUGGAUGUGGGGCAGAGUGGAGACCUUCUGGACCUCAGUUUCCUCACUGGAGAAGAGCAACUAAUGAUAGUGCAAGUGCUAGAGCGAGACACAGAGCUGAAGGCAAAAGAAGAUCAACGCAUAAAGAAUCUGCGGUCAAAUCUCUCAGACAAGAAAGCAUUCAAACGUCUGUCAGGGGAAUGGUUCUGUGAUGUGAGGUCUACACGUCCUUGGGGACAGACAGGUGGUGUUGACAUUGUGCGGGCAUCAAUUAGAAGAAAAAAAAAGAUCAGGGGUGAAUGUGAUGUAAACUGGGGUCAAGAUGAGAAUGGAGAAAGUGAAGGACCAGAGGAAACAGAAACAUGCACACCUGUGAGAAAGUUAUCUAGUGAAUCCCUUCCAGAUCGCCUCUCCAGUGAUGCACAGGAUUGGAGCAGCUCAAAGGAGGAAGAGGGAGGAGAUACAACAGAUGGAAUGAACAGUAUGGAAGAAAUAAACUUGUCUCCAGUUAAUGGCACAGUUUCAAGUGGAGAUACUAAAGGAGAAAGCCUGGAAAGAAAAAAGCACCAGAACCUCAAUCACAGCCUUUCAGUUUCACACCUCGCAAAUAAUUCUCAGAUAUCUGGCAGUAUGAUCAGCCUGUUCAGCACAGGAGACGUGCGAUCGGUUGACGUUCAAGGCUGCGUUCAGUUCUCUCUUCAAUAUGAUCCCUCCAAGAAGGAGUUGAAUGUCUUAAUUAUUCAAUGCAGGGACCUGACACCCGCACACAGCAAAACCUCCAAUCCCUAUAUAAAGUGUUAUUUGCUCCCUGAUAAAAAUGCUCAGGGGAAGAGGAAAUCGAAGGUGAAGAAGAAGACUCUGGAACCUUUCUUUAAUGAGACCCUGAAGUACAAGGUGGAACGGUCAGAGUUGCAAAGCAGAGUCCUCAAUCUGUCUGUGUGGCACAGGGGGUCACUGGGAAGAAAUCUUUUUCUUGGUGAAGUGGAAGUGGAUCUUGUAUCCUGGGACUGGAGCAAAACUCAGCCAGCCUGGUACAAUCUCCAGCCAAGGACCCCUCUAUCUCCAGACUUCCUUUGCAGUCGAGGUCGACUUGGUGUUGCUGUGAAAUAUGUUCCACAAGGGUCAGAAGGCUUAGGGCUCCCUCCCACUGGGGAACUCCAUGUUUGGAUUAAGGAGGCGCAGCAUCUUGUACCUCACAAGGCUGGAAAUGUCAGCACUUUUGUAAAGUGCUUUGUGCUCCCUGAUUCCAGUCCAUCCAACCUUCAGCGCACACGUGUGAUCCCAUAUAGCUUGCAUCCAAUGUUUAACCACACUAUGGUGUACGAUGGCUUCAGUAGAGAGGAUCUCAAAGAAGCCUGUGUGGAAUGCACUAUUUGGGACCAUGGUAAAAUAGGAAGUCGAACUCUUGGAGGCAUUCGUCUCAGCACUGGAAAAGGAAGCAGCUAUGAAACAAGUGUCAGCUGGAUGGAUUCCACAGAGGAGGAGAAGGCAUUCUGGGCGCUGGUUAUAAAUAAUCCAGGGGAAUGGGCAGAGAUUGUGCUGCCACUGAGACAAAAUUUAACUUCACGUUGACAGACUGAUUAAUACCAGUUAAAGAGGUGACCUACAAAGAAGACUACUCCAGGCAUAAAUCAUACACCCGAUGAAGGAUUUUAAUUUCACACAGACCCUUACUUAGGGUUUGCUGACAACUACUACACAUAAUCCCAAGUGAAAUGAAACAUGAAUGAACGUGCCCCAGAAAAUAAAAGGGUUGCCACCUGGCUGGUACUUUCUAUAUAUUUUUUAAAAUGAUGCUUGAAGUCAAUAUUAUUCAUAGAGAAGAAAGCUAGAAAAGAGAUUUUUGUCCGGGAAUGUCAACCCCAUAAUAAGAUAUUAAUCUAGGGACAGCGCUUGAUGCUUCAGUAGUGCCGGGAGCUACCUACCCUCACUUAACACUGGUUGAGAGUGAAUAUUCGCCUAUGUGACCUUCAGAAAGAAGAAAGAAGGGAUCGCUGAGUUCACAGUGUUGUCCAGCAGACUUCCUAAGCCCCACAAAGCAAAUAACGACACUAAAAAGACACUAAAAAAAGUGGGAAGAAGUCAUACCAAUAAUAAAGGCCAGAACACAGCAAAUAUGUAUAAAAAUGAUUCUAAUAAAAUAUAUGCCAAUUUCAGAGGAGAAUAUUUACAGCAAAUCUGGAUAAUGUUUUCUGAGCACACUUGCACAUUAGCUGGAAAAUAAUAAUAAAUAAUUAAGAACAAAA